AUGGAAUCCCAAACUGACCCGGUAAAUCCUGGCUUGGAGGCUACCAGGGAUACUGGGACGAGUGCGAAACGUGCAAUCGAAAAGGAGAUGAGCCAGUCGUGGGGAAAACUCGUAGAAAAGAGUGAAGAGCUCAAUAAAACCUAUACAUCUGUGGCCAAACUGGAAGACAAGCGCGAUCCUAAGAGCGAAGAUAAUAUGAUGGAUGAGGGUGAAACUAUCGCCCAGUUGAUAGAAACAGUCAAAGAGUACAUUGCGAAAGAGGAAAGAAACCAGGAGCCUGAUGCACAAAAGCAAGUGGAUGAGGUAGAUGGAGAAGGGGGGCGGGGACAAAGAGAUAGAGAAGGCCAAGAGGAAGAUAAAGCGGGAGGAAUGGAGAGAAAAGACACCAGUCGAGGCCAAGGAAUUGACGAAAGGCAAUAA